AGGCGGAGGCCCAGGAAGUGACGGCUCCGCCCGGGGACGCCUGGAGUCGGUGAAGUCCGCACCGCCACCGCCGUGGUCGCUGUGUUCCCCGGCCUGGGCGAUGGAGAACGGAGCCGUGUACCGCCCCACGACCGAGGAGGACCCGGGCCCGGCCCGGGGCGCCCGGAGCGGCCUCGCCGCCUACUGCUACCUGGGCCGGCUCCCCCUGCCCCGGCGCGUGCUCAAGGGCUUGCAGCUGUUGCUGUCUUUGCUGGCCUUUAUCUGUGAAGAAGUUGUGUCACAGUGCACUUUGUGUGGAGGACUUUACUUUUUUGAAUUUGUAAGCAGCAGUGCCUUUCUCCUUUGCCUCCUCAUACUGAUAGUGUACUGCACUCCAGUUUAUGACAAAGUCGAUGCUGGAAAAGUCAAGUCCUCGGAUUUUUACAUUACUUUGGGGAUAGGAUGUGUGUUUUUGUUGGCGUCCAUCAUUUUCGUUGCCACGCAUGACCAUACCUCAGCUGAAAUGGCUGCAAUUGUGUUUGGCUUUCUAGCAAGUUUUAUGUUCCUGGGCGACUUUGCCAUUAUGGUGUGUGAGAAACGACAGGAGUCCCAGAUGAGAAAGCCUGACCCUGGGAGGGCAGAGCCCCUCACCGAACCACUCAAUGCUUGAAGACUCUAGGGAGCAGGUGUCACGCGGGGAGGCGGCUGCGUGGUGCCGGGCCCAGCAGCAGCCCUCGUACUGUCUGCGUAACUGCUAAACCACUUCUGAAGAGCAAGGGGAAGGGCCGGAAGGCCAUUUUACCAAUAUUGGACAGUGAGUCCGUCACCACAGGUUAGGCCAGAGGGGUUUUUUAUAUAUAACAUUUGAAACUUGUAUCAAUGGAGUUUAUUUUUUUUGGGGGGAGGGCAGUUUCUUUAAAUCACAGCUCACUGAUGAUAAAUUAUUCUGUCAUUGUUACUAGGCUUAGCUAUAUAAAUAGCAUGAUUAAGUUAAUCCAUUUAGAUAUUGUUUCAUUUUUAAGGUAAUUUGCUUAGCUAUGAGCUUGUUUUUUUGAUGAUUAGAUAAAAUUUAAUGUAUAUUUAGAUUUUUAAAUUUAAAAUUUUAAAUGUUGGUCUAGGUUUUUUCCUUAAAAUAUAAUUACUUAAGCUUUGCUGAUUCUCCCUUGGCCUUAAAAUUAUAUUGUAACAUUUUAAGAUAAUUGUUAUAAGCUCUUUUGUUGCCUAAUAGAAAAUGUAUCGGAGAUGUUGGUAUUUUAUAUGUAUAAAAGCAACAUCAGCAACCCAAUAUUUGUACUGCACUUUGGUGGUUGUUGAUAUCAAGUGGAAAAAAAAAAAAGAUUUUUAUCUAACACAUAGAAAAAUGGAAGAAACUGAUAUCACACCUAAGGACCAAAGAUAAUAAAGGCAUACUUUUUGUGCAAUACAGUGAAAUUGUAAGAGCAGGCUUCAGCCACUUACCAAGUGUCCGAAGAGGCGAGUUCAUACUGUGAGUGAGAGAGGUUCGUUCUCCUAUUGGCACAUGAUUAUUUCUACUGAAACUGAAGUGGCUCUGCAGGCCCUCCUCGGUGUGUUCUGUGGAGCCAGUCUCCUUUUUAAAACCCCAGCCUGUGAUUUUCCAUCGGUUUGAGAUGUCGCAUUUCUGUCCCGGCCCGGAAUGGCCCGCGCGCUGCUUCCCCGUCCGGCAGAGGUGGGCCUCUGGCUCUUUCUUGUGGGCGGUGCCUUCGGUGGCCCAGGAUCUUGGGCUCUUUUAUUGCCUCGAGUGUUAGCGUGAUCCUUAGGGCUUUGUUCCCACAGAGCCACUGCUCUAGUUUCUCUUUGGAGGAGACCUCAAAGUGAUUCUCUAGAGAAUCUUGCCCAGGUUAAUACUGUUGAUGGUGGAGGGAGUAGUCACGCCAUUCUCAAGAGACACUUCAUAACCAGUUCUGAUAAUCGGGAAGAAUUGUUUGCUGCUGGGUCCCAGACUACAUCUUUCUUGUCCUCCUCCUGGAUUUCUGACUCAAGACUUUGGUGUUUGUUAAGGUGCUGAGCCUUUGCGUCAGGUCCUGAAGGACUUUGGCGGAGGUCUCCCCGGCUAGGCAUCCUAGGUUUUCUGUCUGAAAAAGGGGAAUCGUGUUUCCAAUGAGGCAGUUUAAUCCCAUCCUUUCUUAACUUCUCAUCUGCCUUUUGUAGAUAGAUUUUAGCUGCGUAAAUGUGGCUGCUGUGGUUCUCAAAAAUUAGCCCUGACGGCCAGGCACAGCUUCUGCUCUGGCUUAGUGACUCAGGGCUUACCUGUUUGAAUGAGAGUUUGGAUGCUAGUGCUAGUGGUGAUGUCACCAACACCUGCUCGGGAGAUAGUGAAACCAAUCAUGGGUGCUGGUGUGACUGGGCGUGCCAUCUAAGGGAGGAGAAAUAACCUGGGUCUUGGGCUCAAGAAUAAAGACUGGUUCAAAAAUAACCAGCUUACGGUAGGCAAGUUCUGGAAUUUCACAUCAAACUACUGUACCGUUGCCAUUGUCAGUAUCACCUCUAUCCAGCCAGGGGUGACAGCGAACCCCUGGACUACCUCAGGGUCCCCACCCAUGCAUUGGGCUUGGGGGCCUUGUCCUCGGCUGGCUUCACACACACAGCUGGCAGGAGCUUAAGCCCUGGUUGUUCUGACGGCUCAUUUCUCUUUGUUUUCUUGGCGCGGGGCCACUUGAUCUUUGCCUUUUUCAGAAGAAUAAUAUAUUCACUGGCAUUUUUGGUCUCUCUGGAACCUUUCUUCACAUUGAUUUUUAUGGGACUUAUGACUGGUUAUCCUCCCUCUUCUAUUAUAGAAGAAAUUAGGAGUAAAAAGACCAUUGUAAAUAAAGUUCAAGGAGAACUUGAGACCAAAACUACUGUUACGUACAGUGAAAGGCAGACUCAGUAAACUCAAGGUUAAAAUAAUUACUAACACCUGUGAUAAAUUUGUUAUAUUUUAUACAAAUAAACUGUUUAGAAUGGUUUUAAAAAAAUCAUAAGGGAAAUGCACUUACAACAUAAACAUUUUAUAAUUGCUUAAAAUAUAUUCUGUUUUGGGACUGGGAAAUGUAUUUUUACAUUGUUUAUAGCCAAUCAUUUUUGUAUUUAUCAAUUGAAAUUCUGUGGGUCUUUUUUAUCUCUCUUCAUGUCAAAUUUUGUAGUCUUUUAAAAUAAAUCCAUCUUAUUAUCCCUA